AUGGCCCAGUCCACCGCCCACCGCCGCCUCCUCCAGGAAUACCGCGCCCUCACCAACAACCCGCCGGAAGGCAUCACCGCCGGCCCCGUCUCCGAAGACGACCUCCUCCACUGGGAAUGCCUCAUCCAAGGCCCCGAAGGAACCCCCUUUGAAGGCGGCGUGUUCCCCGCAGAGCUCAAGUUCCCCAAGGACUACCCUCUCGCGCCGCCGACCAUGAAGUUUGUCGCCGACAUGUGGCACCCCAACGUGUACCCCAGCGGCCUGGUCUGCAUCUCCAUCCUGCACGCCCCGGGCGACGAUCCCAACCACUACGAGCACGCGUCCGAGCGGUGGUCGCCCAUCCAGUCCGUCGAGAAGAUCCUCAUCUCCGUCAUGAGCAUGCUCGCCGAACCAAACGACGAGAGUCCCGCAAACGUGGAGGCGGCCAAGAUGUGGCGAGACCGGAGAUCCGAGUACGAGAGCAAGGUGCGGGAUGGGGUGCGGCGCAUGCUGGGUUUGUAG